GACGUCGUCGCUCACAUGGCCACAUCGGGUCCUUUAGCAUCAUCUCAUUUGCAUCCCCGCUCUGCCAACUGAGGGUCCUCUACCGUGUGCUCCACCUGUCCCUUUCUUCUACUAGUCCUUUGACUUAGGCCCUCACUCUUUAUUCGCCGCCUGGGCCAUUUCCCACCCAUCGUUAGCCUCUUCCAUCUCCCAUUACCGGCCGGGACCUCGUUCCUUCUCCGCUUUCUUAUUCCGACUUCUUGCCAAUCUGACUACCGUUCUUAUCUGGUUCUACUAUUGUCGCCUUGAAGUUUGCUCCCAUUCUCGCCCGAGAUGGGCAAUUCUCAGACGAAAGAGAGCCGACCGCUUGCUUCGUCAAAUCGCCGAAGUCAUCACCAUGGCCCAUACGGUGACCGCCAUCACGCAGAUGGUUCCAGAUCGAAUCGGGGAAGCAGGCCCGAUUUGUCUAUCCUUGGAAUAGGCGGAAGCUCAGAGCGAGAUCUGGCGACACUGGAACACCGACGAGAAACAAGGCAGGAACGAGAGGCUCGCAAGCUGGAGAAAGAGCGGGUAGCUCGGCUCAAAGAGCGGGAGCGUAGUAUGAAGGAAGAGCAUGUUGAUGGUGGCUACCUGGUGACCCAGGGUGUCUAUACGGGUCCAGAGGAUUUUAACAAGGCCGUAGUCCGACAGCUGAUGAUCGAACGACGACUUGCGCCUUUCUGGAGAGGUCUUAAUGACUUUUCCGACUCGUGGACGGAGCACCAGCUCAUGGCAGCGGCGCGUGGUCUGCCAAUUCCUCCGCCCGACGAGAUUCCCCCAGAGCUAGAAUACAAGAAUCCCCCUAAGGCUGCGGAAGACACAAAGGAGGCUUCAGAUUCCGCUGCGGUGCAAUAUCUGAUGGUGCCUAUAACUUCGAGAUCCCAAUCUUAUGGCUCCGACGCUUCCCAGUCAUCUACUCCAGCGCAUUCACUACCCUCCCCAACAUCUCCCAUCGCAUCCGGUACCUCAAGCUCACCUCUAUUCCGAAGCCGGGCAAAGACCCUUGCGUCCCUGACGACGCCUAAGCACGGUAUCCAGUCUGAUCCAGCUUCGCGAGAGAUCCAGUUGCCUCGCGAUCCUUUUGUUAACGGGCAGCCCAUUGAAGCAUACCUCUAUAAAGAUGCGGCGGAGUGUCCCAUCUGCUUCCUCUACUACCCCCCGUACCUAAAUCGUACGAGGUGUUGUGACCAGCCGAUAUGCUCCGAAUGUUUCGUCCAAAUCAAACGCCCUGACCCUCAUCCGCCGGAGCAUGGGGAUGCAAACCCAGAUUCUGCCCCAGUUGAGGGUGGUGAGCAUCCCGAGAGCCAAGAUUGUCAAUUAGUGUCGGAACCUUCGGCGUGUCCUUUUUGCGUCCAGCCAGAAUUUGGGGUGACCUAUGCGCCCCCGCCGUUCCGUCGAGGGUUGGCCUACGCUUCUGAUCCAAGCUCUCGCCUCAAUAUUACCUCUCCGCUGUCGUCUACCUCCUCCUUAUCUUCCGGGAAUACCCCCAUCACGGGCCGUCGACGUGCGACCUCCUUAUCUGCAAAUGAUCCUACGGUGAUUACGACCGAUAGGAUCCGCCCCGACUGGGCUCAGAAGCUGGCAAAUGCUCGGGCUCAUGCUGCGCGACGGUCUGCUGCAGCAACUGCCCUCCACACUGCUGCUUAUCUGAUGCAUUCCAAUGGAACUGGAAGUGAUUCUCGAAACUUUGGUCUGGGGCGAAGAAAUGUUAUGCGCAGAAACGGCGCGCCAGAAGCCCAAAGCGCUACUGCUCGCACCGGGUCCCCGGCGCUGCAAGCCCUUGCAUUUCUGACGGAUAGGCGUGGGGCUGGCCACGAAACUGACUCUGCUGAAGAGGGGUCUGGUACCAUAGUACCCCCACGUCACAGCUCGAGGCGAAACCGCAUUGACGAUCUGGAAGAGAUGAUGAUGAUGGAGGCAAUCAGACUGAGCCUGGCUAGCGAGGAGGAGAGGCGCAAGAAAGAGGAAAAGGAGGCUAAGAAGGAGGCUAAGAGAAAGGAGAAAGAAGCCAAAAAGGCGGAUAAGGUUGCGCGCAAAACCGGACUUACGAGUAACAAUGCGAGCAGCUCCGCCUUGGACGUUCCUCAAGAUGGAAGGCUGGGUAGGGUCACCAGCAGCACCUCGUCCAUUGCCGGAGAAGAAGCUGUGUCUGCCGGCAAGGGCAAGGAGGUGGAACGGGUGGCACCAUCUGCACCCGUUGGUGUGGCUUUUGCCGGUUCCAGUGUUGCGGCCGAGGGUGUCCAGUCACCCCCAGUGUCGGUAGCCCCGGCCGAUCAAUCGCAAUCCAUGUCGCCCUUCCCGGUCGCCCAGGCGACAUCCAAAGAGAUCACGAGGCCGUCGCACCUUCGGCAUGUCUCCAGUGCAUCUUCAUCGUUCUCAUCACUGGUCGAAUCGAUGGCCGAAGACCCUGUGGGGCCGCACACCUCGGGUGAGGGAGCAGGCCCCUUUGCAGAGCCUCUGUUCAAUUUCCGAAGCUUAGCUGCUGUGAUUGGUGAUGAAGAGAAGGGUGACGAAGUUCCCGAGCAUGUAGAGGAAACGAUCCCACAAUCGAAUGCAGAAGGGUCUACCUCACACUCGGUUCACCCCGCGGCAGAUGCGUCGGCUUCUGAAUCAGCGGCCGCUGGAGCGGCCACUGCACCCGUGGAGGAGCACGGCGAUGGCUUGAUGCCGAAAGAGCUAGAGACACAAUCAGCUAGGAUCACUGGUGCCACAUAUAAUACGGAAGCUACUUCUUGAAGCAAUGGC